UAUGAAUGUUUUGAUGCGGGAAAUUCGUAGUUUCCGACUUCCGUUCGUCAUAACCGGUCGCGGCAGCAUCCGUAACGUUGUUUAUUGGGUUGUCGCCUUCCACCCAUAGCAACCUGUUGCGUGGUUGCACGCGUUGCCAGCUAGGCAAUAGCAGGAAUCGCGGUGUUUUGUUUUUUUACUGCUGCUGCUGGUGGUGGUUAGUGCAAAUGAGAGUCAUCCGGUGACACACGAGAUGCGAGCGUAUCGGAUCCGCCCCCCAAAACGUAAAAGGAAUACCUCGAUAAUAUACGUAUACGAUUGAUACCCGUUUCCAGUUGCCAGCUGAUCGUCGUGCCCGACUCCGAGAGUCUCGAGAUCGAUUACCCCUGGCAACUGUAUGUAGCAAACAAACUGCACGACUACCAUGGCAACAGAAUUGACUGAAGGUUUGAUACCUGCUGUGUACAGGGACAUCUUUGAGGUGUGCUCUCACAAUGGGUCACCCAUCCACAAGGAGGUGUACCAGGUGCUGCUUAACCAAUGCAAGCUGGAUGCUGCCCUGCUGAAGACCAUUUGGAAUUUAGCAGGGCCUCCGCAAGGGGAGGUAACCAGAACCAGUUUGUACAAGACCCUGGCUCUGGUGGCCUGGACACAGCAGGGAAAGUCGCCCACGGAUAAGCUCUUCCAGAACUUCAAUGGCAACGAAUACCCGUUACCGCAGUUGGGCGAUUUGAAUCCGGUGCGCAAUCUUAAGCUUCAAAUCAAUUUGAAGGAUAAUCCGGCGACGCUGGGAUUAACGUACGGCGAAAUAAUGCAGUUGGAUAGCAUCUGCGUGGAGCUGGUGCCCGAGAAGAAGGGACUCUUCCUGAAACAUUCCGAAUACGUGAUUACGUCGCGCCGUUUCAAUUCGAAAGCAACGAGACGAUACAACGACUUCGUCGCACUUUACGAGCUUCUUCUGGCGAGAUUUCCCUAUCGCAUAGUGCCCAGGCUGCCGCCCAAGAAGAUCGUUUCCGAUUCGCAUUUCUUGGAGGCCCGACGACGAGGACUGCACCGCUGGAUGACGUUGGUGUGCCGCCAUCCGACGAUCAGUCGCGAUCAACUGGUUGCAUACUUUCUCACCGAUCAAGGACCCGAUUUCCAGUACCGUAUCCGGGAUAUCUACAGGCGUGCACCGGACGAGUUCAUGACCUCGGAUUUCGCGGCAAAUUCAAAACAUUUGAUUCCCAACGAAUGCACAGAGUUCGCCGCCAACAGAGAGCAGGUCCGGACUCUGGUGCAGAUCAUCGGCAAGCUGAAGUAUUUGGCGGAUGCAGAGGUGGAGCGAGCGCAAUGCAGGGCCAAAGAUGCGGAAGACUUGGCCGCGCAGUUGAAAGCUCUAGGAUCGAUUAACAUCGGUAAUGUGGCAACAGGAUCGUGGACUGGAAUGCAAAAGGGUUUCGUCACCAUUUCCGGGGAGUUGCUGUCGGUGUCCAACAGAUCGCAGCAGCAUGCAAAUCUGGAGCAGAUCACCGUAUGCGAACGGCUCGGACUUCUGCUGGACAUGCUCGUAGCACAUCGCGACCUCUGCGAGCGUCUCGAGAAAGGAUUGGCCCACGACCAUCAGACCGCUCUCGCUAAGAUGCUCUCUCUGAAGAAGAGAAAAAUCCAAGGCGUCAUUCGUGGCACCGACACGGAAAGCGUUGAACAGCUCGAGGCCAAGAUGCUGACCCAGGAGAACGUAAUCACGAACAUGGAGCUCAGAUCUGAUUUCAGUCUGUAUUGCGUUCACAUGGAAACGCAACUCGUCUACGCUUACUUGGAGACGCUCUCCUCGAUAUUCAACAGCAACGUCUCGCUGAAAAUCCGAGCGCAUUCCGAACUGGCGGAGAUCUGGAAGCAAGUGAUGCCAACCGUCGAAAAGUUCCUGCCCGUCGAUUACGGCGCGAAGAACGGAAAGAGUUAGCCUUUUUCUUUUUCUCAGAUUUAUCAUUCGACGAAUUACUUACAUAAAUAUAUUUUUAUACGUAAUCAAUUUAUAGAACUAAAAGCGUUGUUUGGCAUCGGGCAUUAUUACAACAACAACAACAAAAAAAGAAGAAACAGAAUCAAUAUCGAAUAAUUAUGACAUAAUACUAGUUUAGUGCAAAAUCGCUGAAUUUUUUUUCUGGGUUGGCAGUUUCGAAUAUCACUUUCAUAAUUUAUUCUUAACAUUAGCAACUUUUUAAACUAUGUAAAUAAUCGACGAUGAAGGUAACUGUGUAUGUGAUUUAUAGAGAAAUUUAUAAAUAUAUUCAAUACU